AUGUCUUCGAGAUUCUUUCUACGUUUUGUGCUCCCAGUAGGAGUACUACUAUCAUUUUACCUCACCCUCGUCACCUCUCUCCCGCAUGGCGCAACCCCCAAACGCUUCAUAGUCGCGCCCGGCACCGAACUCCGCAUCCUGCCCCUCGGCGACAGCAUCACCUUCGGCUGGAAUAGCACCGCCGGCACCGACGGCUACCGCCUCGGGCUCUCAGAAGACCUCCAGGGCUCCAAGUUCCUCUUCGUCGGCACGCAGCGCUCCGGCAGCAUGGCCGAUAACUACAACCAAGGCUUCCCCGGCUACACCAUCUCGCAGAUCGGAGGGGCGGCGGGCCCGGGUCUCGACAUGAAGCCGAACGUCGUGCUGCUCCAUGCCGGCACGAAUGAUCUGGACAGGACCCCGCCGUCGAACGAGCCCUACGCGGAUGCGCCGGCGAGGCUGGGCACUUUGAUUGAUCAGAUCUUGAAGGAGCUGCCGGAGAGCGUGGUGCUGGUUGCGCAGAUCAUCAAUGCGAAGGAUGCAGCGACGGAGGCGAGGAUUAAGACGUAUAAUGCGCAGGUACCGGCGGUGGUGAAGCAGAGGGCUGAUGAUGGGUGGAAGGUGGCGGUUGUGGAUUUUCGCAGCGUUACAGCUGAUGAGUUGAUUGAUGGGCUUCAUCCGACUCCUGUUGGAUAUAAGCAUAUGGGCGAUAUCUGGUUCGGUGGCCUGCAGGCAGUGGCGGAGGCAGGGUGGAUUAAGCCACCUAUUGGGCCGGAUCCAGCGUGGGCGCAGUAG